CCCACUUGAAUAAUGGCAUCUACUUCACAUGCAUUGCGAGCCCUGGGUUUUCUGUCACUCAAAGUGGGCAAUGGGGUUGUCUUUUCAAAUUAAGGCAGCUCUCCAGAUCCGCGGGCAGGAUCAUUCUAUGAGUCUCUUUUGAAAACGCAACCCGAAGAACCUAAUUUAGGAGUAUAAGGGAAGACUAUUUUAAAGUUCUUGUGGCAAAAAGCCACGAUUAGUACAAAGUAGAGGUUGCUUCCUUCCCAGCACACAACUUUUCAGGUGCUAGUAUGCCGGAAAGAAGCACGCCCAGACCCCGACCAGAUUGCAUUGGGAUGCAAAUGAGGUGGAGCGCGUGCUCCUCGCAAGGAAGAGAGAUUGUUUAUGGAACCUCAGCCAGAGCCACGCGCCGGGCGCACGAAGUUGCCAAGCGAGCUUCCCAUUGGGUGGGAGGCGGCUCGGGAGCCAAGCGGGCGGCGGGGAUUGUGUGUGUGUGGCGCACGGCGCGUCGCGUGCUGCUCCCGGGGGCCCGCGAGCGGCGGCAGCAGCAGCGCGUGUUGAUAAGGGGCCGAGCAGCGAGGACCUCGCAGCAGAGGCGUCUUGACAGAGCGCAAGGAGCAAGAGCGCAAGAAAGGGGAAAGGAAUCGCCGUUGCUCCCAACCGCAGCUAGGAGUUGUUGCCCGGGUUGCGCACCCAACUUUGACAUCUUUAAGAAGCCGAGUGCCCAUUUUUCAAUCUUUUUUUUCUUUUUUGUCUUUUACGGCAACUGAUUUUCUGCAACAACUUUGGGCUUUUAACAAACUGCACCUACACGAAGACCAAUACCGGGGUAAAUGCCCCACGAUGAACAGCGGGGUUCUAGGAACAACCAUGCAACCAACAGCCCACGCGGUUUGCAAAAGUUACUCGCUGCACAGUUGCAAUAGCAGCGGCGGCUCUUUGGGGAUCAAAGUGCAAGCAGGACAGAGCGCGAGCUCCUCUUCGUCCGGGGUGCCCCAACCAUGGGGGGCUGCCACGGGCUGUCCCGGCCAGGUUCAGCCUUCCAACUCGGCAACGCGCUGCAGAGGCUCCAAGCGGCGCUCGAACUCGCCGGAGCUGCUACGCUGCAAGAGACGCUUAGCAUUCCCGGGCUUGACAGCGCAGCAAGGCGGCGGCGCGGCGGCUGUGGCUCGGCGCAAUGAGCGGGAGCGGAACCGCGUCAAGCUGGUCAACCUGGGCUUCCAGACCUUGCGCCAGCACGUGCCCAACGGCGCCGCCGCCAAGAAGAUGAGCAAAGUAGAGACUCUCCGCUCCGCCGUGGAAUACAUCCGAGCUUUGCAACAGUUGUUGGACGAGCACGACGCCGUCAGCGCCGCCUUCCAGGACGGUCUCCUGCCAGCCGGCCCUGACGCUGCCUCCGCUGCUUGCGUUGGCAGCAGCAGCAGCGUGUAUUCCUCCGCCUCCCCCUCUUUUGACGGCCGCGAGGGCAGUUCUGUGCCGGGUUCCCCGCACUCGGCUUAUUCGUCGGACGAGAGUGGCUACGAAGGGGCGCUCAGCCCGGAGGAACAGGAGCUGCUCGAUUUCACUGGUUGGUUCGGGAGCUGCUGAGCUGGAACGCAAUACUGAAAGCAACACUGUGUAGAGAACCUCAGUACCUCAUUGUCCCAGGCUCCGAUGCAGCAGAAGAGCACCAGGAACCUCUGAUUUAACAUGCACCUACUCUCUUCAAGCCUCAUUGCAAAGGAAGUUGGAUCUUUCUAACCACAUUCUCUCUGUGUUUGUUUAUGAAACAAAAGACUGGUAGUUUUGAUUCUUUUUUUUU